ACGGGAUGCCUGAGACAGAACAACAUCGUACCGGAGACGAAAUGUUUUCAUCAAAUGCUUCACUGUUGCGGGAUUGCUUGGGCCAUCACAAUAACUGUUCCGUUUCAGAAUUGUACCGUGCGACUGUAGGUCAAAUAAUAACCUGGUUUACAACAAGCCAACAAAGCUAAUUUCAGAGUUGUAUCUCUCUCGAUGAGCUGUGCAAGAUGGCUGCAGUGUUUUUGGCCAGCGAGUGUAGUUGCUGUUGUAAUGAGGCGUUUGAGGGCGCCCCACCCUCUUCUAUAGAGAGGAAAUAUUAUGCUGUACUGUCAGCAGUCAUGGACUACAGUGCGAUGGAACUCCCAUGGGUUAUUUUUACAAUAAAGCCAAACGCAAUAACUUUUAUUUUAAUUUCACAAUUUAAACAUAAAUGCAAGUGUUAAUUGUUUAAUCUAUCUUAAAAAAUGUUGUCUAUAGGCCAGAAGGUGUAGCCCUCGCACUACAUUCUCACUUUGAAGUAGGUUUUACGCUAUUAGAGAUUUUGGAGCAUCGUUUUUUUUAUCUUAUUUAAUCCAUACCACAAUUAUGAAGAUUUAUACCUGGCAUUUCCAUCGAGUUUGCAUUAAAUUAACCCCUGAAACAAAAAUUUAAAUAGAGAAUAACGAAAAAAUGUGGUGCCUUUAGCCAAUCUGGCCUUGUGUUAGUGGUAUCGUCCAGUACGCGACAGCAAUAAAUAAAAGCAAGAUAAAAUGUUAGACGGUGUUCGCUGAGGGACAAAGGAAACUAACCCUGUCACGCAGGUCAUCCAGCAUUUCAGAGCUGCGUCAUCAGCAUCUUAUAAAGCGCGCAGGUGCAAGGUAAUUGUGGAUAAUUAGUUCAUGUGUGCUGUACCUGGAGUGUGAUCACCUGCGAUCCCGGCGCUGCUAUUCAUCUACAAAUAUAUUUUCACAGCAAACAUGAGUGCUGCAGGAGGAACCCCUUACAUUGGCAGUAAAAUAAGUUUGAUAUCAAAGGCACAGAUUCGAUAUGAGGGCAUAUUGUCCUCUGUAGACACAGAUCGGUCUACCGUUGCUUUAGCCAAAGUUAGAUCUUAUGGCACAGAAGACCGGCACACAGAUAGACCAGUUCCACCCAAAGAUGAGAUUUAUGAAUUCAUUAUCUUCAGAGGAAGCGACAUCAAAGACAUCACUGUGUCUGAACCACCAAAAUCACACCACGGACUGCCUCGUGACCCAGCAAUUGUACAGUCAUCUAUUGGCAACCCCUCUGCUGCUUAUCACCCACGCUGGAGUCCAUACAGAGACAUGAUGCCCACUUACAACCAGCUGGCUGCCAGCUCUCUACUCAACCAGCAGUACAACGCAGCAUUGGGACUAGGACUUCAUGGCAUCCCAGCCAGAAGAGCCCCAAUGGUGGAGCAGGCAGUCCAGACGGUGCCAUUGGCCAGUGCUGCGCAGAAAAGAGGGAAGCCUGUGACCCAGCCUCAAGGCAGACAGCAAAUUCGUCCCAGCCAGCGAUCAGCCAGGGGUGGUUCACAGGUUCAGAAGGAGAAUUUACCCACUAGUCGGAUGCCAUCAAAGCCAAGUGCAACAAAGCUUCAAAGCCAAGGCACAGAGAAUCAGAAACAGAAGCAAAAACAAGGCAGUCGCAGGUCCAGAAACAGAAGCAGAGGCCAACUUCUUGUGAAAAACUCAAAGGCCACUACCCUGCAGUUUGAGGCGGAUUUUGAUUUUGAAACUGCAAACGCUCAAUUCAAGGAUGACCUAACAAAGGAGGAUGUUGUUGAAAAUGUGGAUUCUGGUGAGGCCCUGGACAGCCCAAGUUUGCAGAAGGAGGAAACACUUGGUGAUAAGUACUACGACAAAGCCAAAUGCUUCUUUGACAACAUUUCAUCUGACCUUAAGCCCAGGAAAACCACAUGGGCAGAGGAGAAAAAGUUGAACAUGGAAACAUUUGGAGUGCCUGGUCGCUUCCUCAGAGGCAGAGGAUUCAGGGGCCGAGGCCGCAAUGGGCAGAGCACAGCUGAGCAGCGCCCCCUUCCAAAAAUAGGCAGUGGGAGGGUGUGAGAAUAUUUUUGUUUGUCAAAUUUCUGUAUAUACAGAUGUUUUCUACUUAUUUAAAAAGUACCUCCCUUUUCCUCAUUUACAGCUCUUGAAGCAAAUAUGAUUUUUUUGUUUUCUUUAUCCCAAAUAUGCAAUUAGAGAAUUUUGAACUUUGGAAAUGUAUCCUGUCAAUUGGGAGACUGAUUUGUUUAAGAUAGAGUUGGUAUGCUGAAAGCAAAUUAAUUCAUUGGUAGUAGUUUGGUUGAAUCCAAUGUAAAAUUUGUCUCUUUAACAGGCCAACAGGCCUGUAAUUUAGUUACUUUGCUAAAUGUAUGAAAUCCCUCUUUAUAUGACAGUCAGAUGUAACUCCAAAUUAGUUUUGGAGAAAAGCUGUACUUAAUUUUUUUUCCUAAUUGUGAAAUGAGAACUGUGGAGGACUUUUGUAACGGUUGCUAAUAAAUAAUAUAUGACUUAAAGAA